AUUUCGGCUGAGCUCACUGUCUCCGGUAUCUCUAGGCCUGGCGCAUCGUAUACCUGGUAUAAAGGCUUACAUCAGACUGUCUUGAAAUGCCGACCGCUCCUGCGACGCUUGCGGCGUCCCUCGAAAAACAUAACGACACCUUCGAGUCCCUUCUCCGCCUCAUACCUGCAAAAUACUACCUCAUCCAGGAGGAUACUGAAGAGCAGGCUUCGAAGUACCACAAAAACAAGAAAAAGCUGGGAGAGGGUCCGAAGCAAGCUAUAAAGGAGGCAACUAAAAAAGCUCGUCGGGAAAAGCUCGAUCCAGCGAACAAUAAGACCCUCGUAGAUCUCCAGCGCGAAAAAGCGCUUCUCAGCACCACCACUGCCGAAUCCAAAUCCAAAUCCAAGAAGGGCAAGGAUAAGCAAAAGGCCGUUCCGGAACAUGAUGAGGACGAUUCUGCGGUGGAAGAUGAAGGGAUGAGCAUGGACGUCGAUGUUGAUCUUUCUGAUGAGGACGACGAUGAUGGUAGCGAAGACGAUGAAGACGAUGAGGAUUCAGGAGCGGGAAUGGACAUCGAUAUCGUGCCCAUGCCCCAAGAACAAUCCAUCACCGACCUCCGUGCUAAACUUCACGCUAAGAUCGACUCAAUACGUGCGAAGAAGAGGGGCUGGGGCGGUCAGGAUGGAGGUUGGCAGGGCGGGGCUGUGGGUUUGCAGGGUGGGGUAGCGGGAGCGGGGAAUAAGGACGAGUUGUUGGAGGAGAGGAGGGUGCAGAGGGCUGCGAUGAGGGAGAGGAGGAGGAAGGAGACGAGGGAGAAGAUUAAGCGGGAGGAGGAGAAGAAGGGGAAGAAAGGUGGGAAGGAUAAGGAUGCGAAGGAGAGAGCGAAGGUGCAGGGCGCGCCGACGAAGACACAGCUCCUCGUGCCAGACCAGUCCUCGUCCUCAGCUCGUGGUCAUCACGAUCCUAAAUCCAACUACACAAACAUCACAUUCUCAGCCCUCGCACCCGACGCCGCCGGACCCUCCAGCUCAAACACCAAAAAGUCACACCAACGACUCAAAACCUCCUCCAAUCCCAGCCAGGCACUCGAACAGCUAUCCUCUCGGAAAGAGAAACUCGCUGCGAUGCCGGAGGAGAAGAGGAAAGCGAUCGAGGAGAGAGAGAAGUGGGAGAAGGCAGAGGCGAGGAUGGAGGGCGUGAAGGUCAGGGAUGAUGAGGGGAGAUUAAAGAAGGCUGUGAAGAGGAACGAGAAGGAGAAGCAGAAGAGUAAGAAGGCUUGGGAGGACCGGAGGGAGCAGGUCCAACAUUCGAUGGCCGCGAAGCAGAAAAAGAGGACGGACAAUAUCGCGACCCGCAAUGAGCGGAGAAGCGACAAGAGGAAGGGCGUGAAGGUCAAGAACAAGGCUAGACCUGGGUUUGAGGGCAAGAGCUUUGGGAAGGGUGGCAAGGGAGGCAAGGGCAAGGCGCCUGCUAAGGGCGGCAAGAAGUAAUGCCGACUCUCUAUCUGGCGGCUCUAGAUUUUCUUUGCGAGCUGUCUCCUUUGCAAUCGAGUGGAUGGG